UCCGGGUUACUCAAAAGGUUACUGUGGUCGCCAUGUUUGCUGAAUGAAAUUAGCUUCAAAACAUUAGUUAGCCGCUAGCAAUAUAUAUAUUUUAUUUUUGGGGCGUUAUAACAUUUGUUACAGUACUGACUUGUUGUAAAAAUGACUUAAGAGUCAUAAAACAACUGCAGAACCACCGUUGUCUACUGUUCUGUGUGGACAUAGUAACAGUGUCACGCAAUGCACCAUGGAAGUGGAUCACAGAGCAUGCAACGACAGCUCCAGAGAUCCAAGUCUGUUAGUGGGUCUGAAGCAGAGGAGCAGCAGCAAUCUGCCUUGGAGGUUACACAGCAGCAAGCUACAGCUAAUCACCCUCAAUCUCCUGUGACCACAUUUUCCUCUGCUGCCAGCCCUUCAGCCCCACAGUCACCCAAUUAUCAGAUAAUCAUGAGUCGAAGCCCGGUCACUGGCCAGAACGUGAACAUCACAUUGCAAAAUGUGGGACAGAUGAUGACUGGUAACCAGCAGAUCACCCUAACCCCACUCCCCCUCCAGAACCCAGCAUCCCCUGGCUUCCAGCAUACUACACCUCAGUGGAGGUUUGAGCAUGCUCCAUCUUCCUACAUACAGGUCACCUCACCCGUGCCCCAGCCCAUGCAGCCCCAAAGUCCCACACAGCACAGCCCAGUCCCUCUGCAAGGUGUUACAAGGCCAGGGGCACCUGCAACAGCAUUGAGUUUGUGUGGGCAGAGUCCAACACGAUUUGUUGAACCUGGUAUGUUAGUGCGACAAAUCAGUUUAGGUAGUCCAUCAGGAAGUAGCCACUUUGUUUACCAGGAGGGUACAGGACUUGCCCAGAUUGCUCCAGCCACAUCUAACCAGGUACAGCUGGCCUCUCCAGGAGCACCAGGUUCUGUGAGGGAGCGUCGGCUCUCUCAGCCUCACUCACAGACUGGAGGCACCAUUCAUCACCUUGGACCUCAAAGUCCUGUGGCCACUGGUACUGCUCUUCCCACUCUGAGCAGCCCUGGUCAUAUCACCACUUCCAACCUACCUCCACAGAUUAGCAGUAUCAUUCAAGGACAACUGGCACGCCCUGUGAUAUUUGAGAAGACUGCACAGGGCGUUGUUGCUGGAGUAGGAACCACAGCCCCAACAUCAUUCAGUAUACCCUCUUCCAUUCCACCGUCUAGUCCAUCCCUUACCAGUCCACCCCAGGGGAUCCCCAACAAUCCUCUUGCACCCACCAGUAUGGCUGUGGGCUCUAUGAAGAAGCAAGUUCCCAAGAAGUUAGAGGAAAUUGCUCCAUCUACUCCAGAGAUUGCCCAACUCAGAAAACAGUGCCUGGAGCACCACACAAAGAAGAUGGAGAGCCUGAAGGAAGUAUUCAAGGAAUAUCUGAUCGAGCUUUUUUUUCUGCAGCACCUCCAAGGGAACAUGAUGGAUUACCUAGCUUUUAAGAAGAAGCCCUGUGUUCCCUUGUAUACUUACUUGAGACAGAAUGACUUGGACCUUGAAGAUGAGGAAGAAGAAGAAGAACAGUCUGAGGUCAUUAAUGAUGAGGUAAAAGUUGUUACUGGAAAGGAUGGCCAAGCAGUGACACCAGUUGCCAUAGCAACUCAGCUUCCUCCCAAUGUUUCUGCAGCUUUCUCUGCCCAGCAGCAGUUUCAGGGACAUCAAGGAGCUGCAGCUGGCAAUAUUACAAACCCUGGAGAUAUGGAUGCCUUUAAAAGGCAGCAGGCUAUGCAAGCAGAUCAGGCUAAGCGGUCCCGGAUUGACGUUGGUCGCCAUGGGCUGAUUUUCCAGCAUCCUGGUGUAGCUCCUUUAGGAUCACCUGGUGUUCCGCUCCAGCAGCUUAUGCCAACUGCGCAAGGCGGGAUGCCGCCUACUCCUCAAGCGGUCCAGAUUGCAGGACAGAAGCAAAACCAGCAGCAAUACGACCCAUCCAAAGGACCUCCAGUGCAGAAUGCAGCCAGCCUGCACACCCCUCCUCCCCAGCUGCCUGGCAGGUUGCCCCCAGGUGUCCUCCCUAUGGCAAGCCUGCCUAUGACACUUGCUCAGCAGGCUCAGCUAGUGGAGAGUACAGCUCAGACUGGUGGUCAGCUCCAAACACAUGUGAAGGUGCAGGCAACCGGGCCUGUCCUGGCUGCAGUCAACCCCCACACACAGCUCCAGUCCCAGCUGCAGCAGCCGAGGUCUUCAUCUCCAGUUGCAGCCCCAGCAGCAACAAUCCCAGGCCAUACUACAGUCAGGGCAAGCGACGGUGGCACUUGCUCGCCCAGGUACAGAGUCAAACCAGCCAGUUCAGAGGAUUAUGACCAACUCAAUAUCCAUGACAUCAGUAUCGCCUGCUCCCCUCUCUGCUCCCAAUUCUAUUACAACCCCCCAUACUGCAAGUCCUCUCCGUCUCUUGGCUCUAAUAUGAAUCCAACUACCCAGUCCAAACUGACUGGAACCAAUGGUAUAUCAACAGUCAAAAUGGGUGGCUUUUUUCAAACAGCGACCAUGCAGUCCUCACAGGAGGGUUCUCAAGAUAAACAGGUUGAGCAGGCCAAACUGGAGAGUCAAGUGCAUCAACGCAUCUCUGAGCUAAGGAAGGAGGGCCAGUGGUCAACCAGUAGGCUCCCCAAGCUUGCGGAAGCCUCACGUCCAAAGUCCCACUGGGACUACCUCCUGGAGGAGAUGCAGUGGAUGGCAGCUGACUUUGCCCAGGAGAGGAGAUGGAAAGAGGCUGCUGCCAAGAAGCUUGUUCGUACAUGUGCCCGUUACCAUCAAGAGCAGAACAAACGUGAAGAGAGGUCAAAGAAAGAAAGGGAAUUUCAUCUUCGUCACAUUGCAAGUACAAUUGCCCGAGAGGUGGAAUUCUUCUGGUCAAACAUCGAGCAGGUUGUGGAAAUUAAACUCCAGUUUGAAAUUUAUGAGAAAAGGCUCAAAGCGCUCAGCUUACAAAAAGCCUCAGCAAAAGUAUCGGGACUGUCAACAGGAGAGAAAGCUGAGGAGGUGGCCACUUCAGCUAAAAAAAGAAAAUCUCUUUCUCCUUUGGUUGAUGAAGAAGAUGAAGAGAGCACCAUAGAUGAACAGGAGGCCAUGGAGGGGGAGGCAGAACAGAAAGCAGAGCUGGCUGACCUUGCCAAAGAUGCUGAGUUGCCGCUGGAUGCUUUGAUGAAGCAGUAUGCUGGGGCCUACAUUGACAGCUUUGAAUGGCCUAAGCCUAGUCCCCGUAGUGAUGAGGAUGACAUGGAAGAGACUGAAGACAUGGAGUUUCCUGUGGGCAGUCCACCCGAAGCAGUGCUGAUUGACUCCCUGCUUAGUAUUGACCAGUGCCGUGGUGCUGACAAAACUGUUUCCCCUGACUCUGGUGGGAAACCUGCCAGAGACAUAGCAGAAGUUGCUGCUGCCACAGAGCUCAUCCUGCCCAAAGGCAGUUCCAGGACCACUUCCUCAAUCCGCAGUCCAGCUCCUUUUCUACUCCAUGGAUUGCUGCGAGAGUAUCAACAAAUUGGUGUGGACUGGCUGGUAAACCUUUACAAGAAACACCUCAAUGGCAUCCUAGCUGAUGAGACGGGUCUUGGCAAGACUGUGCAAACGGUGGCUUACAUGGCCCACUUAGCUGGCCAAGAGGGCAUUUGGGGUCCACACCUUAUUGUAGUAAGAACAGGCAAGUUGAUAAGUUGGGAGGUAGAGUUUAAGCGCUGGUGUCCUGGCCUCAAGAUCCUUCUUUACCUCGGCAACAGGAGGGAGCGUAGAGAUAAAAGAAUGUGCUGGGGAGAAGCCAACAGCUUCCAUGUAUGUGUGACAUCCUACAAGCUGCUGAUGAAAGACCAGAGCCAUUUUCUGAGGAGAAGAUGGAGACAUCUGGUCCUGGAUGAGGUGCAGCUCAUCAAAAACAUGACCGAGAAACACUGGGAAACAAUUUUUGCUCUCACAAGUGAGCAGAGGAUUCUCCUCCUCAACACUCCUCUGCAGAAUACUCUAAAGGAGCUGUGGACCAUGGUCCACUUCCUUUUGCCAGGAAUUAACAGGCCCUACUCUGACUUCCCUGUUAAGGCAGGCACUGACCAGAACCAGGACUACUGUCACAAGCUAGUUAUUCGCCUGCACAGGAUGAUUCAGCCUUUCAUCCUGAGGCGCUCCAAAAGGGAUGUUGAGAAACAGCUGCCAAAGAAGUACGAGCACAUCCUAAAGUGCCGUCUCUCCAGCAGACAGAAGAGCCUUUAUGAGGAUAUCCUCACUCAACCAGGAGCUCAGGAGGCAUUGAAGACAGGUCAUUUUGUCAGCGUUCUUCAGGUCUUGAUGCAGUUACAGAGAGUGUGUAACCACCCUGAGCUGGUGGCACCCAGAGAAACGAGCAGCUCCUACUCCUGCUCCUCUCUGCAGUACAAUGUCCCAUCACUGGUGCUAGGAGCUCUUCAGAAUGACUCAAGCAAGAUUGCCAGCAUGUCAAUUUUUGAUCUGAUCAAUAAUGAGAACAGACUGACUCGGUAUCAGACUGAAGAGGCAAUACCCAAACUAAAGGCCACUCAGCAGCUCAUAGAAGAGAUCUACACUGGUCCAGAUCCUCCACCACGUCCCAAACCAUGCCCGAUAAAACCCAUGAGAUUGUUCCAGCCUGUGCAAUAUGGGACAAAGCCAGAAGGUCGCCUUGCUGCCAUCCAAAGUGCAAUGGGCCAGCGUCCUCCAAUGAGUUCUUCUGCUACCAGCGCUUCUGCUUCUGUCACCAUCCAGUCAGCCCACACUGGGGGCAAGUCCCCUGCCACCACUGCAACUACUACGGCCACUUCUCACGCAGUUGGAACAGCUACUCAGAGAGCCCAGCCUACCCCUCCUGUCAGCAGCAGCAGCAACUGUGCCACCUCCAGUGUAGCCUCCUCUGGGAACAGUGGUAUUGGGCAGCAUGUGUUGGGGGCUGCCACUGUGGCACUGGGCCAGACCUUAGCUGGAACACUUGUGGGAUCUAUAGCUCCCAUCAGCCAGCCUGGAUUAGCACAGGUCUCCAGGCCAACUCUAGCUCCCAGUCAUGCCAUUCAGCCCAACUUGCUGUCCCAGAGGCUGGUUCUUACAUCCCAGGCCCAGGCACGGUUGCCUAGUGGAGAUGUGGUGAAGAUCACCCAGCUGGCCAACAUAGCAGGUGGUCAGAAUCGUAUCUCCCCCCCAGAGACCCCCGUUACUCUGCAGUUUCAGGGAAACAAGUUCACACUUUCCCCCAGCCAGCUCCGCCAGCUCACCGCUGGGCAGCCCUUGCAGCUUCAAGGCAACAUCCUGCAGAUUGUGUCAGCUCCCGGGCAGCAGAUCAUCAGGCCCCAGGGAUCCAUGAUAAUGCAGACAAUGCCACAAGCUGUUCCAGCAUCCAAUGCCUCAGCUACACCUGGCACACUUCAUCAUACCCUGUCAACAGCCCAACAAGCAUUGGGUGUGACUACAAAUGCCACAUCGGCCCCCACCAAGCUCACUACUGCACCUCAUGCUGGUUCUCAGGAUUCUUCAGAAGAAAAGACGCAGCAACUGAAGGAGCGUUUAAGCCGUCUGUUUAAAGCAAACGAACAACGCUGUAGUCGCAGAGUCUUGUAUGGGUUAGACCUGCUGCAAGCAUGUACUUUGAGCUCAGAGCCUGGUCACUCCGCUCUGACCGCUGGAGGCUGGAGGUGGGUGGGCAGAGAGAGCUGCUUCAGGGCACAGAGAACCUGUGUGGCUACCACCUCUACACUGCAGUCCACUCUGCUCUCUGUGGAGGACCGCCUGAGGGCUGCCAACAGCCUUAUCAAGAGGCUAGUUUGUGUGGUGCCUCCAGCUGUAGCACCACCACCUCACUUGUAUGCAGCCAAUCCCCCAGUUCUCUACAGCCUUGAACAGAAGUCCUUUCGCCGUGAGCUACAGGAGGCAUGUGCUCCACACAGUGCUGAUGUCCAUGCCUUGGCAUCCAGGCAUCUUUUCUGUUUUCCUGACUUGCAACUAAUGCAGAUGGACUCAGGUAAACUGGAGGCUCUUGCCAUUCUGCUACAAAAGCUUAGGUCAGAGAGCCGCCGCGUUCUAAUCUUUACCCAGAUGGUAAAGAUGCUAGACAUUCUGGAGGCCUUCCUAAACUACAGGCAGCUUACUUAUGUGCGGGUUGAUGAAAGCUUCACUCCUGAGGAACGACAGGAGAAUAUGAAGACAUUUAACAGGAACAGGCAGGUGUUCUGUAGCAUCUUGACCAACCGUUGUUGCUCUGCAGUUGGCACUGUGUUUGAUGCAGACACCAUCAUCUUCUAUGACACAGACCUCAAUCCCAGCAUGGAUGCUCGCACCCAGGAGUGGUGUGACAAAAUAGGGCGCUCAAAGGAUAUACACAUAUACAGGUUGGAGAGUGGGAAUUCCAUUGAAGAGAAGCUGCUGAAGAAUGGCACCAAGGACCUGAUUAGAGAGGUGGCUGCACAGGGUACUGACUACACCUUGGCUUUCCUCACACAACGGACAAUCCAGGAUCUGUUUGAGGUAGAGGCUGGCUCAGGGGAGAAGGUGGAGGAGUUUGUCGUUCUUCACCAAGAGCCAUCGGCGUCUGAAGCUAUCUCUCCCAGAGUGGCUAGACCCUAUAUCCAGGCCCUCCACAGCAUAAACCUGGAUGUCCUGCCUGAGGAGAAAGAACAGCAGGAUCAGGAGGAGUUGGCAGGCAAGGAAACAACAGAGGGCAGCCAGGAGUCAGAGACCCAAGCUAAAGAAGAGCUUGCUCAGAUAGAGGAGCUGAACGCAGUCAUGGAGCAGCUCACACCAAUUGAAAGGUAUGCCCUGCAUUACCUGGAGUAUCUUCACAUCAGCGACAGCGAAACUGCACUGAAGGAGCAGUUGGAAAGCUCUAAAAGAGGCUGGGAGCUGCGGCAGCUGCAGAAGCUGAAGGAGGAAGAGGAGGAGCGACAGGUGAUGGAAGGAGAUGAAGAUCUCUUCACCUACACCAGAGAGGACGCCUAUAACAUGGAGUAUGUGUUUGAGGCAGAGGAUGGUCAUACUGAAAUCAUGCCGAUUUGGACUCCACCCACACCGCCACAGGAUGACAACGACAUUUACAUCGACUCUGUGAUGAUGUUGAUGUAUGACACUACACCUAUGCCAGAGUCCAAGUUGCCUCCUGUCUACGUUCGCAAGGAGCACAAAAGACUCAAAAUGGACCCGUCAGCAGCGAGAAAGAAGAAGAAGGGUCAUGGGGAGACGGUCAUUCCUCCACGCUCCCUUUUUGAAAAGGCCAGCAUGCUGAAAGUUCGCCGUGAGGGCAAAGACCAGAAAAAGAACUUCUCCCUCAAGCAGCAGGCACCCUUUGCCAAGCCCCUGCCCUCACUGGUUAAACCUGCCAUGGAGGCUGGCCAGGACAACCCAGAAUGGCUCAUCAGUGAGGACUGGGCUCUGCUUCAGGCUGUAAAGCAGCUGCUGGAGUUGCCUCUGAACCUGACAAUUGUGUCUCCUGCCCACACUCCUAACUGGGACACCUCCCGCCCCCCCAAACAGUGUCGCUGCCGCUACGAGAAUGUUAUCAUUCCCAGAGAAGAGGGCAAGUUGGUGUAUGAGGCUAACCCCAAGAAGAAAACCAAGAGCAUCUACAAGGCUAAGAACAGUCGUCCUCUAAGGACCUGUCAGAUCUACGCACAGGAUGACAAUGCUACUCACAUCCAGCUAUACAACAGCCGCUUUGAACUCAUGAAGAUCAUUGCCAGCAAGAGGAGCCCACCAAUCAAACCGCUGCUUGGCAUGAAUCCAUUCCAGAAGAAUCCCAAACAUGCCUCAGUCUUAGCAGAAAGUGGGAUCAGCUACGACAAGCCCCUACCACCCAUUCAGGUGGCCUCUCAACGUGCUGAAAGGAUUGCCAAGGAGAAAAAGGCCCUUGCAGAGCAGCAGAAGGCUCAGCAGUUGGCUCAGCAGCAGACUGGAGCUCCUCAGGCCCAGGCUGCACCUGGCCAGGCUCAAGCUCCUGCUGCUACUCAGGCUCAGGUCCCUCAGGCCGCCGCAGUGACCGGAGUCACUGCUGUGCCUAAUGCUGCUGUUCUGACUGGAGCCAUAAAAAAUGCAGCUGUGGGCACUACGAUCCAGGCUGCUGCUGUAGGGGGGAAUGUGAUUGUGAACACAGUAGCUGGUGUUCCUGGAGCUCCAAGUCCCUUCCAGCCCAACAAACGCCUGGCAUCUUCAGUCACCCUGUCUCCUGCUGGUGCAACUGGGCCUGCGGAAGUGGUUGCCAUAGCUACAGGUCAGGGUGUUCGAGGCGUUACCCCAGUGACAGCAUCUGCAGUAGUUCCUACCACUCUGAGCCAGGUGCAGUCACAGACUCGCCCACUGGUCACUCAGGUCACACAAGCCACAGGUAUCCCGCUGCAACAAGGAAAGCCUCUCACCCCAGCCCACCUGCAGAUGCUCCGACAGCAACAGCUGCAGCAGCAGGCUACGUCCCCACAGAUCAAAGCUGUAGGCAAACCUCAGGAGUUGUUAAAGAUGCAGAAGCAUAAGUUGCAACAUCAGCAGCAACAGCAACCUCAGCAGCAGCAUGUAGCUGCAGCCCAGGGCCAGCCAGCUACAGGGGCCCAGCAGGCCACCCAGGUGCAACCUGCACAGGCCCAAGCCAGUCCCCAGCUGGCAGCUGUGGCAGCACCUAGACCUGGAGCCGUGCUGACCGGUACGACUGUGGCCAACCUGCAGGUGGCCAGGCUGACUCGAGUGCCCACCCAGGGCCAGAUUCAAGCCCAGGCAGGACAGACCGCUCAGGUGACCCUCACCAAGCCUCCUGUGGUAUCUGUGCCGGCUGUGGUCUCAUCAGCAGGCGUCACUACACUGCCAGUCACUGUAGCUGGCAUUAGUGUGGCUAUUGGUCAGGCCCAAAAAACAGGUGGGCCCGUGCUGACGCCAUCCUUCCCCCCGAUGCAGGUCCAGCAGCUGCUUCAGAUGAAGAAACAGCAAGCAGCAGCCGCAGCCCAGCAGAAAGCGGGGCAGCAGCAGCAAGGGCAGACCACUGUACAGCAGAAGCAGGUCACAGUGCAGCCAGCCCAGCAGCCACAGCAAAAGGUGACCUACACUGCUGCCACCCAACUGCAGCCGGGCAUCAAGACCCAGUUCUUCACAACAUCCAUCGCCCAGGCGCAGAAACCCUCUGGAGCCCAACAACUCCAGGUGCCUAAGAUCCCUCAAAUAGUGCAGCAGCAGCCUACUGUGGCCAAUAUUCAACAAAUCGUGUCUUCUCCUCAGCAGAUCCAGGCCCAGCCUCAGACUGUGACUCUGACCCAGGCAGCCACAUCAGCUCCGGCUCACCUCACCUCAGAUGCAGACGCCUCCCCCCCACAGCCCAGCCCAGCAGCCUCCGGCACCCUCUGCUGCCGAGUCCCCAGUGCAACAGACCGCUCAGCCCACCAAGGGUCAAGCUCGCCAGGGGGGCAUUAG